AUGUCUCCAAAAGAAUCCGCCAGUAUUUACCAACCCAUUUCUGGGAUGGACAUCAAAGACAUUGAUCUUGAAAAUGACUCCGACACUACCCUCGGAUCACAUGAAAAAUACACGACCUCGAAAACUUCUUCCCCUUCGCGUUUCCGUAAGAUGUUCAAAGACAAAAAAUCGUGUAGGAAAUUGAAUAAUGGUUUUAUGUGGGCAAGAUGGGGUGUUGUUAUCGUAAUGCAGAGCUUGAUUGUAUAUUUAUUAUUGAGGCAUGGAAAAAAGAGCGAGAUGGAUGAGGAGGGCUGGGUACCAGCUGAUACAGAAACUGGCGGCGAUAUUAAUGGGCUUUAUAUUCCUCAAUCUCAUAAGUGGACACUCCUUAAAGGGGAAGAAUCAUCUUUCUUCCCAAAUAUGACAAGUAAUGAUGAUCGAAUGCAAAUUCGUCAUAACUGGGAUAUGUUAAUGCCAUUGGGUAGUGGAACUGUCAAAAUCCCCGAUUACGAACAACAUCCCAUGUUAGGUAAACCUAUCGUCGACGACCCCAUUCGUUCCGGUCCCAUAUACGAAGCAUCUUGGACCCAUGCCUUACAUUGCCUCUACUAUACAGUAGAUACCUAUCAUCAACUGGUUCUCUCUUCCGGUCAAACUUUUGGAUUCGAUGGUGCUCGAAAUGAUAUGCAUGCCUCGCAUUGUUUCGAAUAUUUGCGCAAUCAGAUACUAUGUAUGGCAGAUAUGACGUUGGAGGGGAGUGAAAGUGUUCUUGAUGCUACAGGGGAGGGACAGGCACAUGUUUGUAGGAAUCGGAAGGAGGCUAUUGAAUGGAUUGAAGAGAGGAGGGUGGAUGAUAUCCAGAGUAUUGUUGGGCCUUGA